GGAGGCGACGGGCAUAUGUCGAUAUAUGCAACAGAUCUGUCUGCGAGGAGGGCGCCGCGCUUGUUGAUGUGUGGUUCUUUUUUGCUAAACAAGCAAUUCUAUUUAUUUUCCUUUAUUUAUUUUCAAUCAUUUGUGGAUUUCAACCAAGUCCAGUCGCCUUUUGGAUCAAGCCUAUAAUCCUUUGUGGAGUUUGCUUUGCGCACAGAGAGCAGCAGCGGAGGAUUCAACAUGCCAGACAUUUAAGAAGACUAAUUCUUUCCCCCAGUUUUUCCCCUCUGUGGAAGUAAUCGCCACAGUGUGCGCGCAGAAGAUGGGGGCGAAAAGGAUCCAAACCAAAGGAAAUCUACUCAAACUACUGCUUCUGCUUGCGCUCAUGCACGGAGCCAGUGGUAAGACUUUGAAAUAUAAAGUUUACGAGGAGCAGAAAGUAGGAACUGUGAUUGCACGGCUGAAAGAGGAUGUAUCUGGGGUUUUAUCCAAACUACCAAGCUCUCUGACUUUUCGGUUCCGCGCUAUGCAGCGAGGGAGCACUCCAUUCCUGAAUGUCCGAGAGGAGGAUGGCGAGAUCAGUAUUGGCACCAAGAUCGACCGAGAGAAGCUGUGUGAGAAAAACUUGAACUGCUCGAUUGAAUUCGACGUGGUCACUCUCCCCACGGAGUACCUACAGCUGUUCCAUGUGGAGGUAGAAGUGCUGGACAUUAACGACAACUCUCCGCACUUCUCCCGCGCCAUAGUCCCCAUCGAGAUCUCCGAGAGCGCAUCCGUGGGGACGCGCAUCCCUCUGGACGGCGCAGUGGAUGCAGAUGUAGGGGAGAAUUCCCUUCACACGUAUUCCCUAACACCCAAUAACUUCUUUAAAAUCGACGUGAGGACGCGCACGGACGGUGCCAAGUACGCAGAGCUGGUGGUGAUGAGGGAGCUUGACCGGGAGGUGCAGUCCAGCUACCAGCUGCAGCUCACAGCCUCAGAUAACGGCGUUCCUCCGAAGUCUGGCUCCACUCUGCUCAAGAUCAGCAUCUCCGAUUCCAAUGAUAACAGCCCAGCAUUCGACGAACAGGCUUAUAUCAUCAAUUUGAUGGAAAACUCCCCUCUUGGGACUUUAAUCAUUGAUUUAAACGCCACGGACCCAGACGAGGGCACUAAUGGGAAAAUAGUGUACUCUUUCAGCAGCCAUGUCCCACCAAAGAUCUUGGAAACAUUUAAGAUAAACCCAGAAAAUGGCCACAUCACUCUGAUUAAAAAAGUGGACUAUGAAACCACUGCUUCCUAUGAGCUGGAUGUUCAGGCUCAGGAUUUGGGCCCUAACUCCAUCCCUGGACUGUGUAAAAUUGUGGUGAAGGUGGUGGAUGUAAAUGACAACAAACCGGAGAUAAACAUCAACCUGAUGACGCCAGGCAAAGAGGAGGUGGCCUACAUUUCAGAGGGCGCCCCUGUGGAUACUUUCAUUGCUUUGGUUCGUGUCGAUGACAGCGACACGGGGCUGAAUGGUGAGGUGGUGUGCAGGCUGCAUGGCCAUGGCCACUUCAGGCUGCAGAAGACCUAUGAGAAGAACUACAUGAUCCUCACCAACGUCUCUCUAGACCGGGAGAAGAGGUCUGAGUACAGUCUCACAGUCAUAGCAGAGGACAGGGGCUCCCCAAGCCUCUCCACCAUCAAACACUUCACUGUCCAGGUGCUGGAUGAAAACGACAAUCCUCCAAGUUUCGAGAAGAGCCGCUAUGAGGUCUUUAAAUCAGAAAACAACUCUCCUGGAGCCUACCUGAUGACUGUGGUCGCCUCAGAUCCAGACCUGGGCACCAACGGCCAAGUCACCUACACCAUCAUAGACGCUCUGGUCCAGGGGAGCCCCAUCUCCACCUACGUCACCAUCGACCCCUCUAAUGGCGCCAUCUACGCCUUACGCAGCUUUGACCAUGAAGACGUCAGCCGCAUCGCCUUCACCAUACAAGCACGUGACGGGGGAAACCCCGCGUUGUCCACCAACACCACAGUCCUGCUGACUGUUCUUGAUGAAAACGACAACCCGCCAAUCAUCCACUCCCCAUCCCUGAGGAAUCACACCGCAGAGCUGCCAGUGUGGAAGUAUGCAUCACCAGGUCAGCUGAUCACUGCACUCAAAGUGACAGACCGGGAUGCAGGUGCCAACGGAGAGGUGAGCUGCGCCAUCAUUGGCGGCAAUGAGGAUGGACUCUUUGUCAUGGAUGCACGCCGGUGUGAGCUCAGGACUAACGCCAGCCUGGAGCAGGCUCCAAAGGACGUGAUGGAGCUCAGGGUGGAGGUGACGGACAGAGGCACCAGCCGGCUGUCUACGGGGGCCCUCCUCCGACUCUCCCUGCAGGAGACCAUGGAAAUCCUCCCCCCUCUGUACCCCACUGGCUCCAGCCAGGCCCCACUGGAUCUCUCCCUCAUCGUCAUCAUCUCUCUGGGUGCUGUUUGCGCUCUGCUGCUGGUCGUGAUGGUCAUGUUUGCCACUGCCCGCUGCAGCCGGGAGAAGAAAGACCCUAGACAUAAUUACAACUGCCGGGUGGCGGAGAACAGCUACCAGAACCACCCGAAGAAACCCGCCAGGCAGAUCCACAAGGCAGACAUCACCCUGGUACCCACUGUGAAUGGGACGCUGCCCGUCCGAGCUCACCCACGCUCCCCCUCGGGAUCCCCGACACCUGAAAGGGGGGGCACCCUGGGGAGCAGGCAGAGCCACCACAGCCGCCAGUCCCUCAACAGCUUGGUCACCAUCUCAUCCAAUCAUGUGCCAGAGAACUUUGCUCUGGAACUGGCCCACGCCACUCCUCCUGUAGAGCAAGUCUCACAGCUUCUGUCCAUGCUCCAUCAGGGCCAGUACCAGCCACGACCCAGCUUCAGAGGCAACAAAUACACCAGGAGCUACAGGUACGCCCUGAAUGAGAUGGAUAAGUUCAGCCUGAAGGACAGCGGCCGAGGGGACAGCGAAGCCGGGGACAGUGACUAUGAGCCAGGCCGGGAGUCCCCAAUGGACCGGCUCCUUGGUGAGGGCUUUACUGAGAUAUAUGCCCCUGAUGGCCAGCACAGACCGCAUGCAGCAAUGAGGCUCUGCACAGAAGAGUGCCGUGUCCUCGGUCACUCAGACCAGUGCUGGAUGCCCCCCCUAGCCUCCCCAGCUUCAUCCUCCUCUGACUACCGCAGCAACCUCUACAUCCCCGGUGAAGAAGCCCGCCAACCAACUGAACUCUCCCAGGAGAAGACCCCUCAGCCCUGCACUGACACUGGCCCCGCCCGCAACCAAAGCUUCUCCACCUUUGGCAAGGAUCUGGGCAGCGAGGAUGGUGAAGAAGAGGAGGGGGGGCAGGAUGGCAGGGGGGAGACCAGAGAUGAAGACCUGUGUGGGACCACGUCGCUGCUGUCUGAGAUGAGCAGCGUGUUCCAGCGGUUAAUUCCUCAGGGUCUGGAUUCGUACGUCCAGGUCAAUGAGAAUCAAAAGGGGACUAGUCUAAGUGGGGUGGGGGUCCCUAUGACUGGAUCUUUGGACCGCAGGAGGGGCCACCUCCCUGGCAAAUCUAACCCCUCCGUCCACCAGCAGGGUGUUGCAGCCUGGGCUGCCAACACCCACUUUCAGAACCCUGGAAGCAGCAUUGGCCCACCCGGCCACCACCAGGGCGGCAGCUACCACACCCUGAAACCCAGCACCAAGCUCGGCUCCCAGAGCGGCUGCCAUAAGGGCUCACAGGCACCCAAGAACAGCCCCCAGAACAGCGGCCACACCCCCAAACCCCACAGCAGCCCUCUGCUCACAGCACUGGUCAGCCCCACUCUAGUGCAGCCUGCCCAGGCUCCUGCGCCCGUGUCGGUGCCGCUGCCUGGGCCCACCUCCAAGUGGCUGCCGGCCAUGGAGGAGAUCCCAGAGAACUAUGAGGAGGACGAUUUUGACUCUGUGCUCAGCCACCUUCAAGGCAAACGCAGCGACAGUCGGCAUGAGCUAGUGGACGCCAGCGAGCUGGUAGCUGAGAUCAACAAACUCUUACAGGACGUCAGGCAGAGCUAGACUUCCUGUGUACUCUUAUUUAUUCACCGCUCACUGACUGCUACCAUCACUCUAAAAUAAAAGUGAGGGACUGUGGGCGGCAAAAACUGAACAAAGACAAAAAAGAAGACCUGCAAGUGUCGUUAAAGUUGCAUUUUUAAUGUAAUAAUUGUGUUUUGUGAAUGCUAAUUAUCCAAAAAAUGUUUGUAAUUGCUGGUUUGGUACACAAUGUACACUAUGUGACUGUAUUUAUCUUUGUAUUUUAAAAAUACAUUUGUAUUCUUAUAUUUAUAAAAAAAAAAGGUGUAUAUAAAGUUAAUCAGAAGUCUAUUUUUAUAUUUUGAAUGCAUGUUGAGUUCGAAAACGUUGAAUCAUGACCUUGACAUGCGAUUGACAUUCGACAUAUUUAAAUUGUCUUUUGUAUUGUGAUUCUUUUUUUAUUUGUCACUAUGAUAUGUAUACAUGAAUAUAUUAAUGAAUUAAUGGACACUCGUCAUUGUGGAUAAUUGUUGGGGAAAGGGAUGGUACACAAUA